AUGUCCGAAAAACACGAGUAUAAGCCCUUAAUGGGCGAAGAGAUAGGCGAAGACAUCCGAGGCCUCAGAAUCUCACAUUCCGCAAAAGAAGAAAGAAAUAACAAACGGCUUCAGCGGUUGAAUAUAGUUCUGAUAAUCCUCGUUUCCCUCUUACUCUCCUUAAACAUCUUACAGAUCAGCCUCUACAAGGUGCUAUUGUCACAUACCACCCAGAGCGAGUCUACGACAUAUCGAACGAAAUAUGCUGGACUGAAAGAAGGAGAAAUAGAUGUGUUCUGGAAUCAGAAAGGCGCUUACGCCGACCCCAACGAUGAAGUGCGGGAUCGCCUUUGGGAUAGCCUAGAUUUCGAUCCGGGUGUUGUCGCGGUACCUAAGUCAUGGGCGGCAGAGAAAGGCUUAGACGAAGCGGCGACGUUUCCCUGGGAUUCCAGUAAAUCCCUCUACUUUGUGAACGCUUACCACAGCCUGCAUUGCAUCAAGCAAGUUUACCGGGCUUUCAGGGACUACCGGAUGGGGAACCUACCGUCGAUAUCGAACGGGCACGUAGUCCACUGCCUUGACCAGCUACUUGCAGAUAUCAAGUGCCAGGCAGACGACACGCUCCGCGCCACCAAUGUCUCGACACCUCACAAUUCGGCGGUAUACCAGACGCACAAAUGUCGCAACUGGGACGCCCUGGAGAAGUGGACGCAGACUUAUCCGAGCUGCUACCGGUACGGAAAUGGCACGUUCGAGGAUAAUCAGCCCAGCCAGCUUCCGAGAUUUCGGUUCUGCCAGGAGGGCACCCCCGAGUGGGAAAAGGCGCGGAAGUAUUUCGGAAAGGGAACGGACUGGAAGCCGACUGAGGAGAAGAAGUUCAGCUGGGUUGAUUGGGGUUAA